CGCUUUGGCCUGGGCCGCCCCGCCCCCUCACCCUCCCUGCGCUUCCCGCGGGUCCGGUGGCCCGGUUGCAGCGCUGCGACCCUCGGCACCCCUGCGAACAUGGCGCUGCGAGUGGCGCGUAGCUUGCGGGCCGCGGCCUGCAGCCUGCUCGGGGCCUCGGGGGCCCGGCCGGACCCCUGCUCGCCUCUGCCCUGGCGGCUGCGGGCGGGCGCCGUCCGGACGCUGCGCACUGGACCCGCUCUGCUCUCGGUGCGUAAGUUCACAGAGAAACAUGAAUGGAUAACAACAGAAAAUGGUAUUGGAACAGUGGGAAUCAGCAAUUUUGCACAGGAAGCUUUGGGAGAUGUUGUUUAUUGUAGUCUGCCUGAAGUUGGGACAAAAUUGAAAAAACAAGAUGAAUUUGGUGCCUUGGAAAGUGUGAAAGCUGCUAGUGAACUCUAUUCUCCUCUAUCAGGAGAAGUAACUGAAAUUAAUGAAGCCCUUGCAGAAAACCCAGGACUUGUCAACAAAUCUUGUUACGAAGAUGGUUGGCUGAUCAAGAUGACACUGAGUAACCCUUCAGAACUAGAUGAACUAAUGAGUGAAGAAGCCUAUGAGAAAUACAUAAAAUCUAUUGAGGAAUGAAAGUGGAACCCUUACAUGAACUAGUAUGGAAUAACUUAAUCCAGCACAGUUUUCUCUUAAAUUAGUGGCGGACAGGACUUAAAAUAGCAACUUUUAGCAAUCUUGAUGGAAGAAAUACCACUUUCAACUCUGCUACUGGAAGAAAAUAUACCCUAACUUUGUAAUGAUUGCAGAAAAAACUCAAUAUGCAUCUUUUUCACAGUACCUUGUGAUUUUUAUAGUAGGCCCUAGGCACUGGUAUUCAGAAUACAUGAAGUUAUCUGUGGUAAAAACUAGUUUUACAAAUAAUGUAAUUCAAGGAUAACAUUGUUAUCUUAAGCCUUAUGUAAUAUUGUAACUUGCUUAUACUCAUCCCUGGUUUGGGGUCAAAAUAUGUAAUGAUCUUUCCAUUGGAAGUAACUGGGAAUACACAACAGUUUUUGUUAGUUGCAGUGCCAGAGAAAGAACAAUACUAUCUUAAUUUUUGCAAUAUGCUGCAUUUGCUGGUGCUGUUGUAUGCAGUGAAGGAGCAGCUCUACAGCAAAAUAAGAAACAUAAAUAAAUUUUCAACUUCCUCAUAUCAUGUUUUGAUGUUAAUAUUUGAUUAAGUGACUUGGCUAGUAUCUAUGAAGAUGCUAAUUUUAACUUAUAGAAAGUUAUGUUUUAAAAGAAAGUUUAAACUGUAACAAUGAAAGGUUCCAAGAAAUGUCUCCUUUUAGUUGCAAAUUAAUUCUGGUAGAAUCAAACACUUGUCAUCUUUAAUAUAGGCAAAAAGAAAUCACUGACUUUUCAUCACACUAGAUUAAAAAUGAGAAGAGGAAAAACAAGGAAAUGUGAACCUUUUUUUGAUCAGCAUAGCACAUGGUAUUCUUAAGAAGUGAAACCAUAUACAGGUUUCUACUUAAGUCAUGGGAACAGAGGUGGCCAUGCAGCAAGGGCCUGUGAGCUGCAACACUGAGUCAACCACUGCUUAGUUAGGAUGCCAAAUGUUAUUUUCAAGUGGUUAAUAUGUAGGGCAUACUUACUGUCUCUAAGUUAGUCAACCAUAACAGUUUUAGGGGCUGGGUUAAAUACAUAUACAAAUAAAUAGAUAUUCAUACACACAAAGCAGGAGCUAACUCCUGUAUCAUUUUCCUAGUUACUAUAGAAAAAGGGUGAUAUUCAGAUAUUACCACCUCUGGUGGUAAACAAAUAGCAAAUAUGAGAACUUGGAAGUAGGAAGGUAAAUAACAUGCACAUAUUCUCAGCUCUUUAGCAAAAGAAAGCAUCCUUCCAGGAGUGUCCUAAUGGCCACAUCACGGCUGGACUGUACAUCUGUACUCUUAACAAUAGAGUAUCCAGAUAAUUGUCUCCCUAUUUGAGUAAUUAUUAAUUGGGUUAACUAAUCCCUCUGCUUUAGAAAUAUACAAGUCACACAUAAUCUGUCCCCGAAAUCAGCAUAGUAAUUAUAUAAAUUUACCUUUUUGUUUUGAAGGUGAUCUCUUAUAUUGCUUUGCCCAAGCUAGGUAAGACACCCAUUACUACCACCAUUUCUCAGAAAGGUGAUAGGGACAGUAAGUGAUUUAAUAGUUGCAUGUUAAAUGUGGAGUGCUACAUUUCCUAGUCUACUCUUUAUCAUCCCUAGGCAUAUGUUACUCUAAAUUAAAUAGGAGUGUUUGGCACUGCACUUAGAAAAUUAGGUUCCCACAUUAGAGUGCCUGGGUUUGACUCCCAGCUCCCAACUCCAGCUUCCUGUCUCCCUGGGAGACAGCAGGCCAGUUGUCAAGUUCCUGCCACUCAUGUGGGAGACCUGGAUUGAGUUCCCACUUUUGGCCUCCUGGCUAUUGGGAUUUCAGGAGUGUAGUGAACCAAUGGAUGGGAGCAUGCUCUCUUGGUGUCUCAAUUUAAAAUUUAAAAUAAAUACCUCUAAAAAAAUACUUAAGUAUUCUCCUUUUUUCUGGUUAAUUUUUUCAAAAAUCCAGCUCUUCAUUUCAUAGGUUUUCAUAUGUUGUGUUGUCAUUAAAUUCAUUUCUAGAAAUUUUCUACUUCCCCUUUGAUUUUUUUCUAUGACCCACUCUUCAGGAGCAUGUUCUUCAUUCUCCAUGUGUUUGCACAUUUUCUAGUUUUUUUUUUUUUUUUUUUUUUUUAAGAAUUUAAGUUGUUAAUUUCUAGUUUCAGCCUAUUGUGGUCAGAAAAGAUAAAUGGUAUGAUUCAAAUUUUCUUGAAUUUAUUGAGACUUGCUUUAUGGCCUAAUAUAUUGUCUAUCCUAUAUAAAGUUCCAUGCAAUGAUGAAAAGAAUGUGUAUUCUGUACCUGUAGGAGGAACUGUUCUGUUGAUAACAAUUAGGUCCAUUUGGUCAGUCGUAUAAACUAGCUGUUUGAUUUUCUGUCUAGUUGAUCUGUCUGUUUAUGAGAGUGGAGUGUUGAAGUCCGCCAUUAUUGUACUGGAGUCUGUGACUUUUAAAUGCCCAGAUGCCCUGGCAUUGGGUGCAUAUGUUUACUAUAGUUACAUGAUGCCCUUUUUUGUCUCUCUUAACAGGUUUUGUGCUAAAGUCUAUUUUGUCUGAUAUUGACAUGGCUAUUUCUGCUAUAGUUAAAUGAUGCCCUUCUUUGUCUCUCUUAACAGGUUUUGUGCUAAAGUCUAUUUUUGUCUGAUAUUGACAUGGCUAUUUCUGCUUGUUUUUGCUUUCCAUUAGCAUGAAAUAUCUUUUUCCAUCCUUUCA